AUGACUGUCACCUACACGUCUCGCGUGGCCACCGCGCGCUUCGGGGGUUUCUCGCAGCUGCUGCUGCUGUGGCGCGGGAGCAUUUACAAACUGCUCUACCGGGAGCUGCUCCUCUUCCUCACGGCCUACCUGGGGCUCAGCCUGGCCUACAGGUUCCUGCUGUCCGAGGCGCAACGCCGCCUGUUCGAGAAGCUCGCUCUGUACUGUGACAAAUCGGCCAACCUGAUCCCCGUGUCCUUCGUGCUCGGGUUCUACGUGGCGCUGGUUCUGGAGCGCUGGUGGGGUCAGUUCCGGACGGUUCCGGCCCCGGACGGGCUCAUGGUGGCCGUGGCCGGGAGCGUCCACGGCGCGGACGCGCGGGGGCGGCUGCUGCGCCGGACCCUGCUGCGCUACGGGAGCCUGGCGGCGCUGCUGGUGCUGCGAGCGGUCAGCACACCUGUGUACAAACGCUUCCCCACCACUGACCACCUGGUGCAGGCUGGGUUCCUGACGCGCGAGGAGCGCCGCCGGCUCGAGGGGCUGCGCUCGCCCUACAACAAGUUCUGGGUUCCCUGUGCCUGGUUCGGGGCUCUGGCGGGGCAGGCGCGGCGCGAGGGACGCGUCAGGGACGACUGCGCCCUCAAACUUCUCAUGGAGGAGCUGAACCGGUUCCGGGCCCACUGCAGCCUCCUGUUCCACUACGACUGGAUCAGCGUCCCACUGGUGUACACCCAGGUGGUGACCAUCGCCGUGUACACCUUCUUCCUCACCUGCCUGAUCGGGCGGCAGUUCCUGGACCCCGCCCAGGGCUACGCGGGCCACGAGCUGGACCUGGGCGUGCCCGUGUUCACCUUGCUGCAGUUCUUCUUCUACGUGGGCUGGCUGAAGGUGGCCGAGCAGCUCAUUAACCCCUUCGGGGAGGAUGAUGAUGACUUCGAGACCAACACCCUCAUCGACCGCAACUUCCAGGUGUCCAUGCUGGCCGUGGAUGAGCUCUACGGGCAGGUGCCGGCUCUGGAGCGGGAUCGUUACUGGGACGCCGCCUGUCCCCAGGCUCCCUACACGGCGGCGGCCGCGCCCCCACGCCAGCCCACCUUCCAGGGCUCGGCCUUCGACGUCACCCUGGCCAAGGAGGAGAUGCAGUUCCAGCCGGACAAGGACGAGGAGGAGGAGGAGCACAGCCUUACUCCAGAUGUGUAUGUGGCUCAGCUCUACUACGAGAUCAGCAGAAUCGACUGGGACUACAGCGCCGAGCCAGGGUGGAUCCGAGGCAUUCACUACGGCCCCGACAUCGCCGUGCCCCUGGACAUGGACAGGAGCCAGUACUCGGGGACCUUCAUCAGCGAUUACCUGUGGGGCCUGGUGCCCACCCAGUGGAGACCCCGCAGACCCCCGGUGCUGCCCAGGGAGCCACUGACCCUGUGACUCCGCCCCCCCCCCCCCCCCCACGAUUCCCCCUCAGCGUGUGACCCCUCCCCAUUA